AUGGAGCUGCUACAGCUGCUAUCUAUAACAGCAACGUCGUUCCUACCGGAAUCUACCUUCCUUGCAUUCACCGAAGAUGCCGUAAAGCCAUCCAGUUCUAACUUCUUCGUUUCUGCCACCAAAAUGGUGAUAGACCUCGUUAUCAGAGCAUCUGGCCAUAACCAGAUUGAUGAAUUCACAGACAGGCAGGCUCUUGUCCAAAGAAUUCUUGCAACCUCCUCAUCGUGUGCUUCAAUCCUGUUGUGUCUCGCUGCAUUCUAUUCAUUUCUCGCUAUCGACCCCAGAAGGUUAAUUUUCAGACAUCAGCUCAUUUUCUUUUUACUUUCCUUUGAUAUGUUAAAGGCUGUCAUUCUUCUAUUGUAUCCUACACGAGUCUUGACUCAUUCAUCUUCGUACUACAAUGACCAGUUCUGCCAGGUUGUUGGCUUCUUCACAGCAACAGCUAUAGAAGGAGCAGACAUCGCUAUCUUGGCAUUCGCGGUACAUACUUAUUUACUUAUCUUUAAACCCAGUCUCAGUACCAAGGUCAAGAACUCGACGAGAACAGAAGGAGGCUUGUACAAAUUUCGUUUCUACGUGUAUGUGAUGUCUUUCCUUAUUCCAUUAGUUCUUGCCAGUUUGGCAUUUGUCAAUGGAACUGGCUAUAUUUCUCUAGUCUGCUGGUGCUACUUGCCGCAAAGACCAGUGUGGUACCGUUUUGUGUUGAGUUGGGUUCCUAGAUAUUGCAUUGUCGUCAUCAUCUUUGUCUUCUACGCACUUAUCUACUAUCAUGUGAUACGAGAGUUCAAGACUUUAGGUGGUGUAUUCACGACAAUGCACAAAUCCCAAGGAAAUGUCCACCCUAAACUCGCAGACGACGAGAAGCCAGGACUUUACUCUGCUUUAAAGUACUUCUUGAGCCUUAUUAAGGAUACAGCAAUGCCUAAAUUCGUAUUUCCUACAGAAGAAUUGACACCUCUGAACACAAGACAGAUGCAUGAAGAUCCUCGCCAUAAGAACGAGAAUGAUGACGAUGAAGAAGAUGUUUCUGAUCUUUCGUCGACUCCUCCAGUUCAUGUAGAUACAGAAAACAUUGUCUACGAUCCAGAAUUGCACGCGGCAAACUUGGAGAGCUUCAGGAAGAGACAGAAGAUUAUCCAGAAACAGAUGAAGUCCAUCUUUGUCUAUCCUUUUGCGUACUGUUUCCUCUGGUUGUUUCCUUUCAUUCUUCACAUCACCCAAGUGAACUACGAAGAAAGACAUGGUCCGAUCUACUGGAUAAACUGCAUGGGUGCAUUCUUCCAGCCCUUCAAUGGUUUUGUAGAUGCAUUGGUCUUUUUCUACAGGGAGCAGCCUUGGAACUAUACGAUUAUGAAAAAUUACGAAAAGGAGCACACAACGAGGAUGAACAGCAUGAUGCUUCACCCAAUGCACCACGCUUCCCAGGCUUCUCCACACCAUUUCCAAAGCAUUGGAAGCGAGUCUAUCACCACUAGUGCCAGAUUGACCAAGAAUUCUGACAGUAUCACAGCGGGCUUGAUUGAUUUGCUGCAAUACCCCUUCUACCGUAGAUGGUUGAACGACCUUCAUUUUCCUCUCUUUGCUUUACCAACAGAAGAAAACAUUAUAAAGUUGCAAAAUAAAUUCAUCCAA